CGGGUCUUUUUCGAUUCCUGUUGUAAGCUGUCUGUCAAGUGAAGAGGCUGGGGCUUUCGGCUUGACGCUAUUUGGCCUCAACAGCUCCGGCCUAAAGGUUUAAAGGAGGUACAUUUGAAAUAUACUUUACGUCGCCAAAUGAGAAAGUAAUGUAUCCCUGGUUUACUUAGAACAGGGAGUUCCGCACGUUCACAAAUUAAUGUACAGAGGGGUAGAGGUGCUAGAUAACGUUACCCACAAUCUAUCAAUCUUGUUGGUGUUUCUGUCGCAGCUUCUUGUCUUUACACUUUCAAAACAGCUCUUUCUGAUUUUGGGGGAUACAAUGGGGGCGUUUUUGGACAAGCCAAAGAUGGAGAAGCACAAUGCUCAUGGUGAGGGGAACCGUCUGACCUAUGGCCUGAGCAGCAUGCAGGGCUGGAGGGUGGAGAUGGAGGAUGCCCACACGGCAGUCAUUGGCCUGCCUCAUGGGCUCGACCCUUGGGCCUUCUUUGCGGUUUAUGAUGGGCAUGCUGGCUCCCAGGUGGCUAAAUACUGCUGCGGGCACCUUCUGGAGCACAUCACCAGCAACCCAGACUUCCAGAGUGCUCUGGAGCCGGAACCCAACGUAGAGAGUGUGAAGACCGGCAUCCGCACAGGUUUCCUGCAGAUUGACGAGCACAUGCGGUCCAUCUCUGAGAAGAAGCACGGUGUGGACCGCAGCGGCUCCACCGCGGUGGGGGUCAUGAUUUCCCCAGGUCACAUCUACUUCAUCAACUGUGGAGACUCCCGGGGUCUUCUUAGCCGUGGAGGAGCUGUGCACUUUUUCACACAGGACCACAAGCCCAGCAACCCACUGGAGAAGGAGAGGAUCCAGAACGCAGGUGGCUCUGUCAUGAUCCAGCGAGUGAAUGGCUCUCUGGCAGUGUCCCGGGCACUGGGAGACUUUGACUACAAGUGUGUGCAUGGCAAGGGCCCCACGGAGCAGCUGGUUUCACCAGAGCCUGAGGUGUAUGCCAUUGAAAGGUCUGAGGUGGAAGAUGAGUUCAUCGUCCUAGCCUGCGACGGCAUCUGGGAUGUCAUGGCCAAUGAGGAACUUUGUAACUUUGUCAGGUCCAGGCUUGAGGUGACCGAUGACCUUGAGAGAGUCUGCAAUGAAAUUGUUGACACUUGCUUGUACAAGGGGAGUCGGGACAAUAUGAGUGUUGUGCUGAUCUGCCUCCCAGGGGCUCCAAAGGUGACUGCAGAAGCUGUGAAAAGGGAAGCAGAGCUGGAUAAGUACCUGGAAAGCAGAGUAGAAGAGAUCAUAAAGAAGCAGGGAAACGAAGGGGUUCCAGACUUGGUCCACGUGAUGCGGACGUUAGCAUCGGAGAGCAUCCCUAACCUCCCUCCUGGGGGAGAGCUGGCCAGCAAACGAAGCGUUAUUGAAGCAGUGUACAACAAACUAAACCCAUACCGAGGUGAUGACGCAGACUCCGCAUCGACAGACGACAUGUGGUAACACAACCCCUACCACUAACACAGCACAGAGUUUACAAACCUCUACCCUCAAGAAUCACAGUAGCUCCAUUCAGCAGCUUGUCUCCCCACCACUCUGAGCGUUCCAUUUGUAAGAAGGGAAUAUGAUGGGAGGAGGAGGAGGAGAUGCGCACACACACCCCUACACCCCAGAUAGAGCAGCACCAGUCAGCUCUGGAGUUCAGGAUCCCCUCCAUUUUUGUCUCACCUUUAUUUUCAAUCCCACCCUUAACCUGUUGGGACUCUGUAGUUAUGUUUUAGGUUUUCUUUUCUUUUUUUAAUCAGUUAAAACAACUAUUUUGGGCUGUAAUUUCCUUGUUUGUAUAUUUCUGUUUUGGUGAAGUGCAAUUGUCCUGUACAAAGCCUGUAUUUAAUACAGCUUGAGUUAAAGUUAAAAGAAGAAAAAAAAACCUUUGUACACUAUCAGCCCUUUUCCUGCUCUUCUGGAGUUCCAACAAAUGUCUAUUCAGUGAAUAUUACUGUUUGUCCUCCAGGUGAUAUUAUCCUCUUGCUCUUUUUAAUUUUUUUUGUUUGUCUUUGCUCUUUAAGAAACGGGUAAAUUGUAUAGGUUCACAGCACAGUAAGCUCUCUAAACCAUAAAUUCUAAUAUCUACAUUUCUUUUGUUUUGUAUUUAAAAAAAUCUACGUAGUGUAGUAACUAUGGUACUACAGUCUUUCAUUGUGUGUUCUGUCUUUUGGGGGCUAUUCUUGUUCAUCACCUGUAAACAACGCAACAAAGCAGUUCCUAAAUUUGUAAGUCGCUCUGGAUAAGAGCGUCUGCUAAAUGACUUAAAUGUAAAUGUAGAUGCAAAUGAAGAUGAGCUCACCUGACACCUUUUAACACUUGUGGUGUGUGUGCCUGCCUGUGGGUAGUGGCAAGUGUUUCUAGGUGCUUGUGUGCGUGCACAUGUUUGUAUAGAGGUAGAUCUGUAUAUCUGUAGCUGUUAGCUAAUGUUUGCUAUGGUGGUGCAGAUUAUGGCAAAUGUUUCUCCAUUACUCCUACAUACCUAUUGUGCACCUGUCUUGUAUAUCAGUACGAUACUACCCUUCACUUCAGAGCUUUGGAGAACACUUUAUAUGACACUGGAUGGAUUAAGUUGACUUUUUGCUAUUUUUAACUUAUGACAUCUGCCACAACCAUUUUGUAAUUCUACUGACAUGCAGUGAUUUAUGCUAGUCUGACUAGUUUACAUGUUCAUGUAAGAAUUUUUUUAAAUAAAUGUAAUAUGUCACAGAUGCACAUAUUUCAGCUUUAUGAUGGCCCAGCAUGCCACGUGAAGUUUUCUGAGAUUCAGUGCAUUUUAUUUGUUAAAAGCCUGCGUUUGGUACUGAGAGGAGUUCAAAUCACAACAUCUAUAUGAUAAUCUGAUUUUACAAGUGUAUAAGUGCCGAUUUUGUUAAAAACCCUAAUUACCACCAUCGGUCUGAGUGAACCUUCAAUCUUCCCUUAACAAUUUCGAGGUGGUAUUUUUUUAAAUUGUUGCGAUAUUCAACUAUACAACCAAGAACAAAUCCACUGAAUGCAAUGAGCUGUCCUAGAGUACCUUAUAUUUACUCUGAGUGGUUCGGGGGGCUCUGUGUAGAGUCCUCAGCCACUGCACCAGGAGCCUGUGCACAAUAUGGUAUGCUUCUAAAGUGUGUAUUGUUUUGCUGUAAAUCUUUCCCUUAAAAAAAAUCUAAUGAAUAGUUAGACUAAAUCUGUAUUUUACAUGCAGAUGUAUUUCUUGGUGAGAUGUUUUUUAUUUUGAACUGCAUUGCUGCAAGUCUUUUCUGACCUAUUGUCAAGGAAUAAAUCAUGUCACUUGAGUUAAAUGCUUGGUUAGCAAGAUACUCUUGUUUUUGAAUGUUGAAUCAAUUAGAAUUGAGCUCUGUAGGUAAAUGUGUCCUAAUCCCCUUGGGUUCUGUCCUGUUUGUCUAAAUCAGGUUUUCCCAAACUUGGUCCCCAAUGCACGUUUAGUUUUUUUUCCCCUAGAACUACACAGCUGAUUUCAAAUAAUUAAAGCUUGAUGACAAGUUUUUUAUUUAUUUUUUUUAUUUUUUUAUCAGCAGCAGAGUGCUAGGGCAAAAAACAAAAUGUGCACCCAAGGGACCCAGGACCAAGUUUGGGAAACACUGGUCUAACACAGGGUAACGUACUGAAUUUAUCAUUUCUCUUUAACCAACUGACAAUCUAAUGAUGUAACUUCUAACAACAAACUACCACGUUGACUCCUGAAUUUGACCCCAAGAUAAACAGUUUAGAGAUGGCUUGAUAUGCCACCCUUGUUGUUGUAUUUUAUCCGUACCUGCAGUUGUUUUUUAGAAAUUAUAAAUAAUACGAAGUACAUCCCAGAUUAACUCUUCAAAAUUGUAUUUUUUCUGAGCUUGCCAUAUGGACAAUUGAUACAGCUGUAAUGUCAAUUAUACAUACAAUUUUGUUAAAGGGUAAACAAGUCUAACAAUGCCUUCAUAAUUUUAAGCAAUGAAUCUGAUGAAGUGAUUAUGUAGUCAUUGUUGAGAUGCAAUAUAUGGUUCAACUGUCACAGCUACCCAAGUCACUUUUCCAAAUUGAGAAAGAAAUGUGGUUAAAUUGGUAAAUGUCUUUCUUUACUGUGAUUUUGUGUGAAGGGAACCAAGUUUUAGGAUUGCAAAGAGGCGUGAACAACCGUAAUACAAGCCCUAGCUUUUUUUAACGUAUGUAUAGUUGUUUAGGAUCUUAGCUUAAGGAGUGCAAACAUUCGGUUACGCUGUUGUCCUUUUUAUAAGCUAAAGUAUUUUCUACAGAAAUACUACAGUAUGUAUAUUGUUUUUCAUUUACGAAAUGAUGUAACCAAGGAAAAUCUGUCUUAACCUGUUUUGCAGGUUUAUUCUUUUACUGUCAGUUUUUUUUUUUUUUUUUUUUAACAAGACUUGAAAUAAAUACUUUUUUAUUUCCGAAAUGCAUUAACUUAAUCUUUUGGCUAGCCAGACAUUUUUCUGUUAUAUGUACAACUUAACACUGAUUUUGUGCUGCCCUGCUGUUGUUUAAGGAGUCAGCUUUAAGUUCAGCGUUCUGUUGUCAACACACCAGUUUUAAUGUGGGCUACUCGCGUACUGUCGGACUUGCGCAGUGACUAAGGUUUUAGGUUCAUGUAAGGCGUCAUCUCUGUCAUAUUCUUAUUUAAGCCUCAUAAGGAAUAUAUUUAUAUUGGAGUAAGAGAUUUUAAUGCUUGUGCCCAUAUUGUACAUAAUAUUGAUGUACCUCAGUUGUGGUGAUACUGUGUGACCCUUUGGCAGUGGUGGGUUGUGUCCCCUUUAACAGGGGGCCUGAACCCAAUGUUGCUGACCUUUUCAGCUCACUAAUAAGCUCACCGAUUUGCCUUACCCAAUCUAACUCAACCCCCUAAAGUACUUGUUCAUUGGAACACUUCAAUGAGUCAUUUCAAAUUGUGUUUCCAAGUUAGGGUACUUCUCUACAAAGUGGCAUACUAUGUUGGUAGUCACAUGGUACACCUUUUCAUUUCUGGUUUAUAUUAAAAACAAAUGUUACUUAUUGAAUCUUUUGAAAUAUUAUUUGAAUUGUUCAGUCCUGCAGAUGUCCUACUUUCAGCAAAUGCAAGUGUUAAACAAUUGGGUAACCUUGUAAGCAUUUGAAAUGUGCGUACAUGUCUGCUAUAUUUAUGAAUGCAUUCAAGAAUAGCUUUAGUGCUGUAGAUAAGUAUUGUCUAUGUUGAUUCAACUGCUUCUCAGAGGCCUCUGUGAUUGACUACAAAGUUCAAAAACUGUAUAUUUUGUAUUAUGUUCUAGCUCGGAUAAAAGAAAAUGUUAAAGCUUUGUUCCCUGAACUUUAUUGUGCUAUGUGAGUCGAUUGAACAAAUUGCAUUCCUUGCUUGUGAAUUUAUGCGUUCUCGUAUUUCCCUGAUCUUCUCCUUAGUUUUUUUUUGUUGCCUUUUUGAAUUUUGAAAUAAAAUUUCUAGUUUGCAGAAUGUACCACAAAAUAAAUGGGUUGUUACCUUG